AUGACGCGCGGGGGCGGCACGGCGUCCGCGGCGCGCGCGGCCGCGCGCGCCGCCGCGCUCCCCCUCCUCCUCCCCCUCCUCCUCGCGACGACGAUACCCCUCGCGCGCGCGCGCGUGGACCUGUACGACCCGUACACCGGCUACGUCGACCACGCGGUCGCGAACCCGGCGCAGGCGUCGAUCCUUCGUCGCGUCCGAGACGGCAUGACCGACGACCCGAACCGCGCGCUGCUCAACUGGGAGGGCGACUACCCGUGCAAGCAGCCGUGGGUCGGGAUACGCUGCUACCAAGGGAACGACGUCACGCAUCUCGACCUGUCGCAUCGCUCCAUCGGAGGCGACCUUCUGGACGCGAUCGCGGAGCUGGACACGCUCGUCGAGCUCGACCUCUCGUCCAACUUUCUCACCGGGCCGAUACCGACGGCGAUCGGUCUCAUGCCGCGCCUCGCGACGCUGAACCUGCGCGCGAACCGCUUCACGGGGGGGGUCCCCGCGACGUUGGGGAACUCCAGCUCGCUGCGGCACGUCUCGCUCGCGCAGAACCGGCUGCGAGGCACGAUCCCCGCGGCUGCGGCGAACAACGCGAAGUUGACGACGCUGGAUCUGAGCGCCAACGCGCUCACGGGGCCGAUACCCACGGAGUUCGGCGGCGUCGCCGCGCUCGUGGAGUUGCACGUCGCGAAGAACAUGCUGAACGGGACCGUGCCGAGGGAGUUCGCGGGCUUGGCGCGGCUGCGGUCGUUUCGCGCGCAGGGGAACGUGCUCGAGGGCACGGUGCCGGAUAACUGGGGAAGCGGGAUGCUCGACUUGGAGGCGAUCGACCUGUCGAGGAACUUUCUGUACGGCGACGUCCCCGCGAACUUGGCGAACAUCCCGAAGCUGAGGGAGCUGCGGUUGAACCAUAAUCAGGUGUGGGGGACGACCCCGGCGGCGCUGAUCGCGUUGAACGCGUCCGUCCCCGGGUUCGUCAUCGUGCGGUGA